GUAAUUGAUAGGAAGGCAUUCCCAGUAGUUGAUAAUAUAAUCAGGCACAUAAUUCAUGAGCGACAUCGCCACCAAAGAGAAAACUUUUUAAAUAAUAAGAAAGGUACACAUUGGAAUGAUAUCGAGAAAAGAAGAAAAUACGUUAAUUCACAAUGUACUGAAAAACGGGAGCGCCGGAUGAAAACAAUCAACAAAUUCAUAAAAUUGAAAAAUCCUUUAAUAGAAAAACUUUAUAACGAUGAACUUCGACCGAUCUGGACUGACAAUAAAUAUCAUAGUCUGAAAGUAUCGGAAACAGAUGAUGAAAAUCCUAAUAAAACAAGGAAACGGGUGUAUAGUAAUGACAAAUUCACACCUGAUGAAGAAGAAGCACCUGUUAAUGCUCCUAGUUGGACAAGAAACGGAUAUAAUGGAUCUCUGAAAUCAUUUGCAAAGAGAUAUAUUAGUAUUCACUACUCUCCGUCUCCUUUUAGAAAUAAUAAUAUUAGAGAAAAAGAU